UUCGCGAAAUGUCAUUUAGAAUAAACUUUUAGGUUAUGUUUUCUAUAUUUAGUAAAAAUGUAAUUAGUAACAUAAAUUUAUUGUCUUAGUGGUUUAAAACCAAAAAUGACAACUUCACCUACCAAAGCAAAACAAAAACUCUCGUUGCGAAAACGAUUGUUUGUUAAAAAGUCACCAAAAGUUGGCUGCUAUGUAGACACCGAUUCUAACGAUGAAUUCAACCAACCAACCUCACGUCCGAUGUCCCCAGCAGAUCCAUUCAUAGCACAAAGUGCCCAUAAUGCUGAUUCUAACAUGGAAAAUAGCCGAAGCUGCAAGAACUCUGGAUAUGAUUCUACCUCUAGUGACGUCCAUCCAACUGUAUUAGAUCAUCACAACGACAACGAAAAGAGUUCGAAGUGCUGCAAAACAUUUUUCAGGCGUUCACGCCCUAAGAGUUUGGUGGAGGGUCAUUCUUUAAAGGACGAAUCACAUUCUCGACCAGAGAGUCCUAACAAUGAUUCCAAUAAUAGUUUAAGUGGCAAUAGUUUAUCGUGUACAAAAAGUGAGGAAAUACCGAAAGCGACAGUUUCUUUCCCGAAAGGUGAUGAUCCUAAGAAAAGUUUUGAGCAUUCAGGUUCCUUUGAAGGCAUAAAACCAAAGAGUAAGUUGUUUGUGAAAAGGUUAUCGGCAGAUCAUUUAAUUUCAAGUGACACAAAAGCGUUGUACCAUUCAUCAUCACCUGAAAGCGAUAGAAGUAAUUCAUUGGACCGUAAACGGAGAGCCAAGUCAACUAUAACAAGGUCGUCACAUGCUGGAAGCACAGAUAGCUUGGCUCGUCACUCAUUGCUUGCUGCACAAGUGCUGCGUCUCAUACCCACUCAAGAGGCAAGGCAAAGAAAUUAUUUAUAUGGAAGAUUAGCGUCUAAUUCUUUACUAGGCACAGCAGAGUUAGAACAUGUAUUCCCAGAUAGGGAAGUUAAAAUAUUUGUGGGUACUUGGAAUAUGAAUGGACAAUCUCCACCAAGAGAAUUAGCUGAUUUCAUAUUCCCAGAAGAAGUGAAGCAUGUUCCAGACAUAUUUGCUAUCGGCACACAAGAGUCAUAUUCAGAAAGAACCGAGUGGGAGAUAACUGUGCAAGAAGUUUUGGGUCCAUCACAUUUACUACUACAUUCUUACUACUUAGGCACACUUCACUUAACAGUAUUCAUAAGGAGGGACCUCAUAUGGUUCUGUUCUCUACCAGAAGAUGCUAGUCUGUCUGUCCGUCCAGGAACCGCUUUCCGAACGAAAGGCGCUGUGGCUAUAUCCUUUGCUCUGUUCGGUUCCACAUUUCUUUUUGUUACCGCACAUUUGACAGCCCAUCAAGAGAAAGUAAAGGAGAGACUGUCGGAUAUCAAGAGAAUAAUCCGAUCGAUAGAUUUACCAAAGAACUUGCCAUGUAGACAUAGAAGUAAAGAUGUAACAAAUAAUUUUGACUAUGUGUUUUGGUGUGGUGACUUAAACUUCAGACUUGGCGAACCCAGAGCUGCAGUCUUGAGGUGGAUAGAACAAACCCAGUUCCCCCUCCCCCCACAUUUACCGCACGGGCUCUUGCAUGCGGACCAAUUGACGGCUGUACUCGAAGAUGGUGCCGCGUUUAGGGAUUUUAGAGAAGCCCCCAUCAGAUUUCCGCCUACGUAUAAGUAUGACCCAGGCAGUCAAAAGUUCGACACGUCAAGUAAACAACGCGUGCCGGCGUACACAGAUCGGAUUCUGUUCAAAGCGAAAUGUAUGACAACUAAUACAUCUGCACCGUUUGCAGGUCUUCGUCGAGUUAGCACUGUUCCAGUGACAUCCGGGUUAAAGUGCCUAGCGUAUAACUCAGUACAGUCAAUAUGUACAAGUGACCAUAAGCCGGUGUGGGGAUUGUUCUCUGCAGCACUACGGCCGGGGACUGAUGUGGUUCCAUUAGCAGCUGGUCUGUUCAACCGCGAAGUAUACCUUGAAGGUAUAAAACGACGUAGAGCUCUCCUAGACCAUGCGCCAGGAACCUCUGCUGUGUGCAAUAUACAAUAAAAUAUAUAAAUAAAAAAAUAUAAGUCACUCGGUAAUGUCAGGAGUAGCUUGAAAAAACAAAUUUAAAUUAUUUCAAAAGUCCGUGGAAGCUUUACAUUUGUAAUUCUUCUUUUUUUAUAAUAUUUCCAUAAAAAUUAGAUUACCGCCAAAAAUUGUCGAAAAUUGAGCCAGCUAAACUGGCGACUUCAUUGGUAUUUUUGCAAUACAUUGUUAUUGUAUGUGUAAUAAAUAACACCACUAUAUUUAUAACUUCGUUCAGACAAUAAAAGAACGAAAAAAUGCUAUCAUACAUUUAUAAGUACACUAUUGACGUUAAAUGCAGAAAUAUACGAAAAUAAUAUAUUUCUGCAUGGUGAGUAAAUUUUAUUAUAUUUCAAGCAAAAUAAGAUAUGGUGAAGACAUUCAGACCAUGUAGUCACGUAUAUGUGUUCUUAAUUCCCAUAUAAUAUCAAGUUAGCUAUUCUAUUCAGCUUUAAUUACUAUGUUACAAAAUAUAUUUAUUCUACUCUUUAUACUAACUUCAUACAUUUCAAUAUGUAACCUACAAAAUAAUCAAUUUUGUAUGUGAAUUGAAAUUAAAAUA